GGGGCGGGGCCUGCCCAGAAUGAUCGGCGCGGAGGGAGCGGGGGGUGGCAGUUGUGGCGCUGCGCAGCGAGCGGAGGGGGCGGCGGAGGUGCGGGAGCGGCGGGCCUUCAGUCAAGUUGGUGGGUACUCCUCCGGAAGGCAAUGGAUCAUGCCAGAGCAGCAUUGUCGAACUUGUUCAGUGGCGAGCCGAUGUCGUACACACGUUUCAGCAUUGCCCGGCAAACAGAUGGAGACAACAGCCACGUGGAGAUGAAGCUGUCUGCUGACGAUGAGGAAGGAGGGGAGGCUGAAAGGCCAGAGCACCUGCAUGCCAGUAUGGUUCAGCCACAGAGAAAUGGCAAGAAACUCUGCUUCCUAGUCAUUGCAGCUGUUCUCCUCCUUUUGAUUGGGUUUCUCAUUGGGUACUUGAGUUAUCGUGGACGAAUGCAGUUGGCUGCCAGGUGUCAAGAUGGAGGUGGCAGGUGUGAGAUAACUCCUACUGCAUCUUACUUAACGGAUGGUGAUGAAACUGAGGAAGAAGAGAUUCAGGGACCACCUGUCUUUUACUGGCCUGAUCUCAGAGCCAUGUUGUCAACUAAGCUGUCAGCCAAGCGUCUUGGAGACAACCUGAGGCAGAGAGCAGGCGUGGAAUCCUUCGAGGCUGGUGAGACUGAAGAUACAAACUUGGCCACCUACAUUCAUGACCAAUUCAACACCUUCCUCUUGGAUAAAGUGUGGAAUGAUGAACACUAUAUUAAGUUGCAAGUCAGAGGCAGCACCAGGAACAAAGUGUCCAUUUCGCUCAGUGGUAGCGAGGAGACCUUGGAGACUCCUGAUACAUACGUGGCAUACAGUGAGAGUGGCUCAGUUUCUGGCAAGCCUGUCUAUGUGAACUAUGGACUGAAAAAAGACUUUGAGAAGAUACAGAAGGCAGUGGCUUCCUUGAAUGGAACCAUAGCCAUUGUCAGAGCUGGGAAAAUAACACUUGCUGAGAAGGUUGCAAAUGCUAAAGAGGCAGGAGCAGCUGGAGUGCUCAUGUACGUGGAUCCACUCAAUUACAGGAUGACAGAUGCACUUGUCCCAUUUGGACAUGCCCACCUUGGAACUGGAGACCCUUACACCCCAGGCUUUCCUUCAUUCAACCACACCCAGUUUCCACCAGUUGAAUCUUCAGGACUACCCCACAUUGCUGUUCAGACCAUCUCUAGCAGUGCAGCAGCCAGCCUGUUUAGCAAAAUGGAUGGAGACUCAUGCUCUGAAGAUUGGAGAGGUGGGAUCAUUCCCUGCAAGGUGACAACGAAGCAGGAAAGUGAUAUAAUGGUGAAACUAGAUGUGAACAAUUCCAUGAAAGACAGAAAGAUCCUGAACAUCUUUGGUGCUAUCCAGGGAUUUGAAGAACCAGAUCGGUAUGUUGUGAUUGGAGCCCAGAGAGACUCGUGGGGCCCAGGAGUGGCUAAAGCUGGCACUGGAACUGCUAUAUUGUUGGAACUUGCCCGUGUGAUCUCAGACAUGGUGAAAAAUGAGGGCUACAAACCGAGGCGAAGCAUCAUCUUUGCCAGCUGGAGCGCAGGAGACUAUGGAGCUGUGGGUGCUACUGAAUGGCUGGAGGGGUACUCGGCCAUACUGCAUGCUAAAGCUUUCACUUACGUCAACUUGGAUGCUGCAGUCCUGGGAGAAAACCACGUCAAGAUUUCUGCUAGCCCCUUGCUGUAUAUGCUCCUGGAGAGAAUUAUGAAGGGGGUGAAGGAUCCAGCAACAAACUCAAGAAGCCUGUAUGACAGAGUUGGCUCGGACUGGGUAAAGGCAGUUGUUCCUCUUGGCCUGGAUAAUGCAGCAUUUCCUUUCCUAGCAUGCUCGGGAAUCCCAGUGGUGUCUUUUGGUUUCUACAAUAAAGAUGAGGAAUAUCCCUUCCUGGACACUCAGUAUGACACACUGGACAACCUGAGGAGGAUUAACAAUCUGGAUGCUCAUUUGCGUGCUGCUGCAGAAGUAGCUGGACAAGUAGCUCUCAGGCUGACCCAUGAUCACGAGCUCUUCCUGGACUUUGGGAGAUACAGUGAAGAAUUACUAGCAUACCAGGAGGAGUUUUUGCCUUACACUAAAGAUGUGCAGGAGCUGGGGUUGACCUUGGACUGGCUGUUUUUUGCCCGUGGUGACUUCCAGCGAGCUGCAGAUGCACUGAGAAGAGACAUUGCUAACAGUGACAGGGAGAACAAGGUCAUCCGCAGAGCCCUGAAUGACAGGAUCAUGAAGGUGGAGUAUGACUUCCUCUCACCAUAUCUCUCACCAAAAGAAGUUCCCUUUCGCCACGUCUUCUUUGGCAAAGGCAACCACACCCUGCGGAGUCUGGUGGAACAUCUGCAGCUGUUGAAAACCAGCAAGGGCAGCGUGGAUCUGAACUUGCUGAAAGAGCAGCUGGCCCUAGCGACCUGGACCAUUAAAGGGGCUGCCAAUGCCCUGGGAGGUGAUGUCUGGGACACUGACAAUGAAUUCUAGACACUGUAAACACCUGGUUAAGGUACAGGGUUAGGGAAACCCACUCCCUACUGUGGCUCUAUUCUUCUGUAGAGGGUUUUUUUGGUCAAGAAAACAUUUGUUACCAAAGUUGCGCAUAAAAUUUAAAUCUCACCUUACACAAAUUCACAGGAGGCAGUUCUAAGGCAGGUACUAAAAUUACAAUGAAAUCUCUGACUGACAGGCUGCCAUCUGACCACAGUCCAAACCUAUCACCUGCAGCUGCUUGUGGGGUUUGCUCUCUGGUGUACCUGAGAGCUAACAGCACAAGGGAAUCCUGAACCGGUACCUUGAGUGGGGAGAGGUACUGUGUCUAUCUUGAAUGUUUUUAUUGUUCACCUCCUAAACGUAGUGACAGGGCAGGGAAUGGAUUCCUCUAACACACUAAGGAUCUCUUCUCUGGCCAGGGAGCUGCAGACACAAACCUAUGCUUGAAAAAUAAGAACAGCAGCCUGUAAGUGCUGGGUUAUCAGCAAGCUCUGAAGUGCCCAGCCUGCCUUUACUCAGCAGCAGGGCUCCAAUAAUGUCUUGGAGGCUUGCUGCUACAAGGGCAGGCCUCAAUACCCAGGAAAGAUAACCCAAAGACUAUGUCGUGCCCCUUUUUUGUAUUCCAUUAGAAUUGUAGAAUAGAAUCAUUGAGAACCAGCUCUAGGCUGGCACUUCAGACCUUGCUGUGCUGGGGCCUUUUGCAAAGCAGAGUCUCUUGCUGGCCAAACUCUGUUUGGCUGAUGCCAUGUUGCAGGAUGGCUCUCGUUUGACACUGAGAUAUUUAUUUGUUUAUUUAUUUAUCAGUGACAGCGUUCACUAUAAAUGGUGUGUGGGUUUUUUUAUAGAAGAUAAUUAUCGGAAGCAGUGCCUUCCAUAAUUAUGACAGUUAUACUGUCGUUUUUGAAUAAAGCAGCAUCUGCUAUUACAAUCAAACAUGAUACUGGAACUUUGCAUUUAAAAGAAUCUAAACAAGCCCCCCCAAAAUCUUAUUUUUAAACCUGGUAGCAAGUCUCCGGGUUGCACUUCCAAAUGACCCUUGAAAUGCUGAAAAGCUACUCAAAUUUUGGAAAUUUUGGCUCCCUGAGGUGUCUUGUGCCGCUCUGUGGGCUUAGGACUGCCUCUUCUCCCCUGUUUCUGGAAGCCUUGUGCUCGUGUGGUGGCACUGCUCCCUGCUCCGUGGAGGGACAGAGCACCCUGAGCAGGGCUCGCUGUGCAGCGCUCGCUCCAUCCACCGCGCCGCACGCGGACUCAUCCCUCGGAUUGGGCAUUGGCCCCAUUGGAAAUGGCAGCUUCCUGCAGACUUCCAGUACCUUAUGUAUCAUGAAACCUAACUGACAUUAUCGGGGGCAGUGUCUUCCAUAAUGUGUAAAGAACAAGGUAGUUUUUGCCUACCACAGUGUUAUAUCGGAGGCAGUGACCUCCAUAUGUUGCACUAUGGGUGUACGUAAUUAUCGGGGACAGUGUUUCCCAUAAUUGUUUUAUGCUUAUCAUGAAAUGUCAUCUGCAAAGCUUGAUGGUUAGUAUCUAACAUGAAUCAACUUCCUGCAGCCCUUUCUUUUUUUUCCCCACUCUCCUGUGGUGAUGCAAAUACGACCUUCAAUCUGUUCUGUACUUCUGUAGACUCCUUCUCUGUAGGCUGAACUCGUUCUAAUAGGUGUGCUGUUGUGAAGUUGCUUCUUGCCCCGAGUAACAAGACUUGAUUUGGGAUGUUAGUGAAACCUAGAGUAGUUAGCGGUAGUUAGAGUGUUCUGUGCUGUCCUAAACUUCCUUCAAACCGGUCCCAAAGAUGUGAGGAACUCAAGGUGAAUAGAAUGUAGGGGUUGGGGCUGACUGCUGGCUGGAGGGCUCGGGCUGCUGCUCUAGGUGUGUGUACUACUGAAGAGAACUCAGCCUGCUUUGGCUGAUGCUGGUGUGCACGCCUGGGGGCACUGCUCCUGUCCUGGCUGUCACUGGAAACCUUGGUCUUUCCUUUUGGUUGUUUUUGGGAGAAACACCUUCCUCGUGGUGCUGCACUGCUCCUUGACGUGAUGCUGAACGCUGUUGGUGUUUGACAUCAGGCUGCACUGCAGCUUGCCAGGAGGAAGGCGGCAGUCAACAGCGAGCUGAAUACUUUGUGAAAAUUUGUGUUUUAAAAAAAAAAAAAGUCACAGUAAUUUAAAUGAAAAGCGUUACCUGAGGCCCAGCAGUAAUGCCUGAAGGAUGUGCAGCUGGGUGAGGGACUUAAUCCUCCACGAAGGACAGGCACAGAUGCCCGCUGCUUGUGCAGUGAGCUCAGCCCAUGUGAACCGAGGGGCUCCGUUUGCCUUCAUCUUCCUGGCAGCCUGCUGUCCAGGUCUGUGUGAGUCCCAGCGCUCUUCCUUAGCUGUCCUGCUGUCUCUGAGGCACGUGCACAACCCUAUGUAGCUGUUUCCUAGUGCCACUUCUCCAGAUGGCAUUUAAGAGCUUGCUGUCUGUGACUCCUCGCUGUAGCAUUUGCAUGCAUCUCGAUGUCAGACUUAAUCGUGUGCUUUGCAACCAGCAGAGAAAGAUGAAACCUGGUGGUUCAGGAGCUGGCACAGCUGUGCCUGCUGCCAUGGCAGGGCUGGUGCCUGACUUGGUGUGGGAUGUUAACGUCUGUAUUGAGGUUACCUGCUGUCUGCUUGAAUAAAAGUUUUGGAAGCUUCAACACUUAA